AUGACUCUGGAGUUUAUCCUUUCCAAUUCAAUCUACAUUAUAUCUUAUAUUAAAAGGAAACCCAGGGAAGCUUGUCAGAAUUUGCGGACACUGUCAACAUACGAUGCAUUCGGUACUGGAAUUUUCUACAUCUUGUUUUACUCUUCGGUUGAAACCGAACAAAUCGUCCACGACACAUCAUACUCCCGUAUACGUCGUACUCGCUGCUCCUCCUAUGUGCAGCUGCGUGGUUCCGUACCGCUCUUCUGGUCGCAAGAAUCGAGCAAGGUUGUAGUUGGUCGACCACCUCUCGAACUAUCCGUAAAUUACGAACCACAUUGGGAUGCAUUUGGCGCCCAUUUUCGUAACCUUUUCGAACGUUAUGGCUCGCCAAUCAUCGUGUUCAAUUUGAUGAAACGCCGAGAAAAACGUCGAUUCGAAUUGGCCCUUUCAGAGGGUUACGAACGUGGACUAGCCUAUUUGUCUCAGGUAAAGCUGUCUCUUAUUUUGCUGGAUCCCAAUACAUGUCUCCGUUAUAUUUUAUCUCCCAUAUGUAUUCUGAUUUUCGUUUCUCAAUGUUUUUUUCUUGAUUCUGGUUCAAUUAGUUCUCAUUUUCAGUUCAGAGGUGCACUCCGUUUGCGCCACCCAUCGGAUACCACUCAGUGUUCAACUAAAGAGGCCAACCACUCAGAGGCUAUCAGAUUUUCGAAACCAAAAUCUCCUUUCCACUUAGCCGCAUUUAAUGUCCGCUCACUCUACCAAAUUGGUCAACAAGCCGCCUUAUCUAGAACCCUUGAAACCUUCCAUUUAGAUGUAUGUUGUGUCUCCGAAACACGCAUACAAGACCCUACUUCAAGUAUCUUGCGUUCUUCAGAUCCAACCUCAUCCUCACGAUUCAAUCUUCGUGUGUCAGGCGAUUCGGCAUCCGCAGCUAGCGGUGUUGCUUGUGUGGGGGUUGCGCUGAGUGUCAAGGCCGAGCGUUCAGUUCUCGAUUGGAUCCCGGUUAACAGCCGACUUUGCGNUCCGGAUGGUUCAGUACGAGUCAACAGCUACAGAACGAAGCGUCGAUGUUUAUUCGUUGUAUCCGCGUAUGCACCGACAGAUUGCAGUUCGCCAGAAGUGAAGGAUAAAUUCUACAAGGACCUCUCUCAACUGAUCCGAAGUGCUCGGUCAACGGACAUCGUGGUGGUCAUUAGAGACUUCAAUGCUCAAGUGGGAUCCCUGAAUGAAUCAGAAAGGCUACUUAAAGGUUCACAUGGAAUCCCAGCCAACAGGACUGACAACAGAGAACGCCUACUCCAACUUUGUGCUGACCACGGACUGUUCCUGUCAAGCACGAACUUCUCGCACAAAAAACGCUACCGUCUUACAUGGAGACCGCCAACCGCUUCACAGCGCUGA